UAUCUCUUUUUAAAAAUAACACGGACAAUAUUGGGUAAAGGGUAAAGACGAGAAUUUACAAAACAAGAACAAUCGUUAAGGGAAAAGUAAAAUUUAUAACCAGAAAAGGGACGUAUUAGUCUACACUACAGGUUGUCCUCACCAAACUAAAUCCGUCAUAUUUUCGGCGUGCAUUACCGAGAAGGAUCUGUGACGUCAAAUGACGUCAAACUUAAAUAGCUCAGUGGGCGCCACCUGUAUACGCAUUCAGUUCUAUUUUAAACGCGCAAUAAAAACAGAUUGUAUGAACGUAUACCUGUGAAACCUUACCCGGAAACUAUAUGGUGUACAAAACUAUAUAGGUAAUAUAGUAGGCUGGGGGAGGAUGGGAAACCUUUUCAUUCCGUUUAUUGUUUAAAACAAGAUCAGGAUAAUUGGAUGUUAUGUGCUAAAGAUGUCCCAUCUUUGCCCAUUCUAUUAUUUGAAUAUCAACAUAACAAGUUUGUCCUGAAUAAACACAUUUUUUAUCAACAUCUGUUUGGUCGAAUUUUCAGUGUUGACAAUCGUCGGUUGUACGUUUUUCGUGUGUUGGAAAAAGCUGGUUGUCUUCAUAGCAUCAAAGUUCAAGUUAUAAACCAGUUCGAUGAAGAACGUUUUACUUCGACCAACAAUGGCUGCCAUGCACGACUACGAAGUGGUGGACGUCGGCAGAAAGCUCCACCAGCAUAUAGACAUUGUGAAUGUUAUGCGGGUAGAUUACUAUCAGUUUUUUCACCUUUAAUGUACUGGCAACAAGAGGUACAGGGCGAAACUAAUGAGACAGAUUAUCUACAUACACGAACGCAAGUGCAUGCGCCAAAUUAUACUACAGAAACUUCAAAAGUUCACAUUGUCGACCAUGCUCCGAGCACACUUGAGAACAAACAGCCAGCACGACAGAAUAUGGCCAGCACGACAGCGAAUGAUAAGUCCGUGUUCGCAAUAAUCUUACUUGCUAUCAUUUUUAUACUGUUUAUCUUCUUUCAAAAAGCCUGAGUGGUGACAUGUAUAGGAAAAUGUUCAAAUCUUAUCAAACGAGAAUAUUUUGAAAGAGGUAUACGGUCUUGUACGAAAAACUGAUGUAUAUGUUUCUGUUUAAAACUCUGUUAGAACACAAUAACGUGGUAUGACCACAGCACUUACAAUCAUUGAUUUAUAUUUUGUAAAUUUAGCUCACUCGUACAAUCAUAUAAUCAAAUAAACGUAUAGUAGAAUGGGGGAAGAUGGGACACCUUUUCAUUCUAUUUUCUCGUACA